AUGGCCGUCGAUCAAGCUCCCCGAAUCCGAUGCGACGGCGUUGGCUCCGCAGGCAAACCGGGAUUUAUCACCAGAGUCGCAAGCAUCCGUAUCGACCUAAAAGAAUUCCGAAUUUCGGCCGCUCGCCAACCGAGCGGCACCUCCGUCGACCUCUGCUCUCCCGCGGCUAGGAUUGAGCUCGGUGCAUGCGAUCUACCGACGCAUCGGCGAUUGCACUCCGAGCGACAAAUCAAACGUGAUACGCCGCCGCCAUUAAGCGUAAUGUCCGAGGCGACGCGCGCGACAGUGACGAAUGAUAAUGAGCGUGUUUGCAGCGAGCGGGCCGAUUGGCCGGUCGUCCCGCCGCCCGCGGCUCGCGUGACGCCGCUC